GCAAGCACCGGUCACAUCAUGUCGAGGCACCUUCGCUUCAUCGCGCGGACAGUUAUGGUCCAGGACGGCAACGUUGAUGCGGCGUAUAAGACUUUAAACAGGUUCCUGACUCAGGAUGGAGUUAUUCAAACAGUGAAAAACAAGCGCUACUUCGAGAAGCCCUGCCGAGAGCGACAGCGGAAGAACUUCGAGAACUGUAGGCGGAUCUACCACACGGAAAUGGCCAGGAAGAUUGCCUUCAUCUCCAGGACCAACCGAGAGGAUCCCUGGCUCGGCUGCUAGUGGUGCGAUGAGACCGGAUCUUAUCAAUGGACUUGUUGAGACACGGCCAGCAAAACAUAAGAGGCAUUCAAAGACCCAACACAUGUCCCUGUCACAUCUGAAUGGACUUUGGAAAUGCUUCGAGAAAAGUGGCUUUCAUUGUUAAAAAAAGGAAAAAGACAUUUGUAGAUGUGCAUUCAUUGUUAAGUCAACGCUGGACAUUUUUUCCACUUCAUCCACAAAAUCUGGCAUGAAAAGUGUUCGUACUCAUUCUUGGUUGUAAUGUGCCGGCUAAUGAAUACUAUGUUGAUGAUAUUUUGUACUUUGAAUCUUCCCACACAAACUUGUUGAGGAAAAAGCUAAUACAUGUGUUGCAUAUUCUAAAAUCUCAAGUUUGUGAACAUAUUUAAUAAUACAUUUUAUUUAUAUGUCAAAUUUCUUUCUGGGGAGUAGUUCAAAGUGCGUUACAACAAACCAAGCAUUAGAACAAUAAAACAUGUAAAAGAUUAAAACAAAGGAAGAGUUACAGCAGUAGAGGAUUUAGAAGGCUGUAAAUAAUUAUCAAGCAACAAAUAAUUGUAGGCCGGUACCAAACCAUAUUUCUGAAAUGAAAGAAAGCUGCUUCAGUCACCUUCUUAUGUGGAAUUUGAUAUUUAAGUCUGGGUCAAGGUUGAUGCCCAGGCUUGUGACUUCUGAUUUAACCUGUGGCGCUAAAACGUCCACGUUUGGCCAGAACUAGCUCUCUUUUGUUUGUGGACCAACUAAUAAAAAUGUCUGUUUUCUCACCAUUUAA